AGCUAUUUUGGCUCAGGCUGCGCGGGAUGCGAUGGCCGCGUUUCAGGGCUGACGCUGGCGGCAGCCCGCCACAGCGGGCGGCCUGGCGCUGGGCACCAUGGCGACCCAGCCAGCGCCCGCGGCGUCUGGCGCAGCCUCGGCGCGCAUCCCGCCCGUGGUGGCGCCGCUCCUGCAGCUGCUGCCCGGCGCGGCGCAUGCCGUGGCGAUGGUCACCGUGGGGCAUCCGUUCGACACGGUGAAGACGCGGUUGCAGUUGCAGCUCCACCCUGGCAUCGUCAGCUGCUGCAGGGAGCUGGUGCGGUCGGAGGGGCCGCGUGCCCUCUAUCGCGGGGCAGCCAUGCCUCUGGCGAGUCUGGUUACCAAGCGGCCCUUUGAGUUUGUGGCGUUCGAGUGGUUCAACAGCAGGUUUAAUCACCUACCGGGAGCAUCUUACUUCGGUGGUUUUCUGGCUGGGAUCUUGGGGGCUCUGAUUGGUUGUCCGUUCUCGGUGGUGAAGAUCCAGCUGCAGGCGAGCGGCAGGGACGUUCAUGCGAACACGAGGAGUGCUAUCCUCGCUGUCUGGGGAUCCCGCGGAUCUACUGGCUUCUAUCAUGGUCUCGGGGCGAUGGUCAUCCAGCAGGUCCCGUACGGAACGGUGUACCUGGGGACGUACGGGAAGUUGCGCGAGUUCUUGCCCAAGGGCUACUGGAGCACGGCAGUGGCAGGAGGCGUCGCUUCGCUCACGACCUGGACUCUGCUGAUGCCCCUGGAUACGGUCAAGACCCGCAUCCAGGCCGCGGCGCUCCAGAGCGAGAGCCAGCGCCGCUUGGGCUGGACAGGGCAGCUGCGGCACGUGGUCCGGGAGCUCGGGCCGCGCGGGCUCUGGGCGGGCUGGAGCCCCGCGGCCCUGAGAUCCUUGCCGACGAGCGCCGCGUCGAUGCUCGCGUACGAGAAGGUGCGCUCGCUGGUGGCGUCCGAGGGCAGACGGGAUGAGCACGCGAGGCGGCGAGUCACGUGACUGGUCUCCCGUGGCCCUGGCAGCUCGAGGAAACUCGAGGGAAGUCUUCCUCCGUCCAGUGUGUGCAUGUGGGAGCGGAGGAGGUGCACUCGGGCUCUGGGCUGCGAGCGCCGUGUGUGGAGCGGCUGCCGCAUCGGGUGCAGAAGAGACGGCAUGGGCAACACUGCUAGAGCCCCACCUUCCCCUCGAUGGCGGGUUGCCGCCUCGGCUGGAAGAGGUCCGCAGCCUCUGCACGGUUCCUGUCGAUCCUCGUUUGAUGGCUGUAUGUGAGCGCCUCUCUCCCGGAGGGGGGGGGGGCGAGGGCACAUGUUCGGCAGAGGUUCGGGGUCGGUCCAGCGCAAGAGCUGCCAUGACUUGCAAUUCGAGUGCGUGGCUGGGCGAACUCGGUGUUUCGGGCCCGCGGCGCCGACAAGAGGUCUGAGGCGAGCUUAGACGGCUUAGGAUGAGAGGCUGAGAAGCCCGAAGCUUUAUCCGCACAGGGCUGUAAGAGACCACACGAGGCGGCGACAGCCUCACCGCGGUUUUCUGCUCCUCCACUGGCCCUGCGCUGAGAGCCUGGCGUCUGAGACCGCCUGUGAUGGCGCCAGACAACGCAAACGCGCACGCGCCAGAUGCAUGUUGGAUCCCCCCUCCACACACGCACUCUUUCGCGCGG